AUGUCUUUGGAGCAUGUGACGGAGGUGAAGGGUGGGCCGGGGGCCCUGCGUGUGGGGGAAAUGGUGGUCGUCAUGACACGACGUGUGGAGGAGCAAACGGCUCACUGGACACUCGGUAGCGUGGAGUCGGCACCAUACCUGUACGAUGUGGAGAUUCGGCUUUGGGAGAAGCAGAUGGAUGUGGACUGGCAGGAGCAAUUUAACGUGGGUGAGUCGCAGGAGGAGGGUGAGCUGAUAAUGCACAUCAAAAAAACAAAAGAGGAACUGGAAGGGAGCAUCCAGCAUGUGACACAACUUACUGAGAAACUGCGCCAGCGUCGGAGAAGUAUUCUACGGGAAAUUGACGAUGUUGAAAAUCAUGCUUCUCAAUCGCGUGCGGCAGUAAAAGCGGCUUACAUUGAUGUGAAGGGCAUCUCGUACCAUCACUGGCAUGAGCUGAAGUCGUACCGGGCUCCUUCAAGGAUGGUACUGACAAUUCUCCGUGCCGUCAUGCUGCUUCUCUCCGAGGAUGAUGCCAAAACGUGGCCUCAAAUGCAGCGUGUCUUGCGGGAUCCGCACUUCAAGUUGAGGAUUCUUGACUAUGAUCCUGACAAAGAACUCUCAAGAGAGCGUGGCGAUUACAUACUAUACGAGUGUGUGCGGAAGAAAAGUUUUCGUUACGACCGUGCCGUUCAAGGCAGUCAGGCAAUGGGCCCCAUUUACUACUGGGUACUGGCUCAACUUGACAGGAGUGAGGCCACAGGAAAACAAUACCAGUUAGAGAAGCGAAAACAGGAAUCACAGAAGGAGCUUCGAUCUGUCAUAAAUGAAAUUCAUAAACAGCAACAGCGUAUGGCGGAAUAUCAGGCUCUCAUGGACAGUGCGGACGACCAGUUGCAUGCCUACCGAGCGCUGCAGCGAGAGAGCGCAUCACUCCGGGGAGGACAAUUGGCGGAAACUCGGCUUCGUGAAUUAGCACAACAACGCUACGAAACCAGUUUCGCUGGUGCUGCAGGGAAGGAGUAUUUACGUGCCGCCUUUUACACGUGGAAACCAACAGAAUACCGCAUCAUGGUGUUGCGUAAAAGCGUCCUUGUGAAUUUUGGCACCGUCCCACAGGAUGCAUGGGAAAAGAACAAUUACACGCUCGAUGAACCACAAAUCCGAAUGCUUGAUGACGCACUUCAACAAAGUCAGAGUGUGGAGGAAACGUUUUAUGAGAAGGAAAGCGAGCAACAACAACAACAAAAACAUAAGAAACAAGAGGAAGAGGAAAUAGAAGAGGGCCUGUUCCACCCAGUCGAUGAGACUUAUGUACCACAAUCCAAAAUGUCCGUGGAUUGGCUUGAGCGCACGUUCGAGGGCGAAGACUGGAAAUACAUACUGGAUAGAAAACGUCUUGCCAUCAUGGACACGUUCUGCGAUGAGACGGCUGAGGUAUUGCAGUUACCGCGAAGUGAUAUUUCUAUAACGCAAAUGACAUGUGGCGAAUCAAAUAACCUCUUGAUGGUGAGCAGUGAAGUACGGCACGACGGCUCACGGUCAAGAGGGGACCUCAUGGACGCCAUGAACGCUUAUUUGUAUCCAAAGUUAAGCGCACUAUACCGCAAUGAGUUGGACGGUUUCACUAAACUUGAAAAACGGUUUGACGGCAAAGAUUGGCAAUGCAUCCUCACUGAUCACAAGAACGAUAUAGAAUAUGCCUUUAAAAAUGACACGGCGACGGCUCUUGGCAAAACCAUGGAGGACACCGAAAUACAAAAUAUAACAGCAACUGCAGAAGCACUUGUCAUAAAAUACUUACUGUACAUAAAAAACAAUCAAGCAAAAAAGGCGAAAAAGGCAAUAAGCAACUACAAAUAUCCAGAAAUAUGUCAAUUAUACAGCCGACUGAAACCAACCACAAGCACCGAAGACAAAAUAUACUCAACAAAACGUAUAGAAUUAGAAGGCGAGGACUGGGACUACGUGCUGGAGCGGCGGCGCACGGAGGUGAAGGACGUGCUGGCCGUCGAGACGGCGCGGGCGUUGGGGCUCGGGCGUGAGGACGUGCUGGAGGUGGAGGUCGACGCAGUGCCUCGGAGCCUCAUUGCGUUUGUCACGGUCCGUCAUCCAUCACUGCUGAGCGACCGCCAGGUGGAAGAGACGCUGGCGCGCUGCGAGUACAAGAAUUUGUGGGCGCUGUACGAGACGCGGCCAUUGGAGUCGUCAGUGCUGAUGAGGCGGUUUGAGGGCGACGACUGGGACCUCGUGGUUGACAACAACCGCAGGAAGCUUGAGGACGCGUUCAGCAGGGAGACGGCCGCCGCACUGGGCGUGUCGCCGAGCCAGGUUGUGCUUCUGGACUGCAGGGUUGGCAGUCUUCUUAUGGUAUUCAAGGUGCUUGGAUGCGCCAUGAGCGACGCAGAGAUCACGGAACGGACCGAGGCGCACCCGUACGACGAGGUGCAUGCACUGUACAGGCCACGCAUACGCUCCUUUGAAGGCGUCGACGCAGCAGCGCCCCGCGGCUUCAGGGCCGACGCGGAUGAAGUAUGGACGAGGAGCCGCGUGGAGUUUGAGGGCGAGGACUGGGACUACGUGCUGGCGAUGAGGGAGGCGGAUCUGCUGCGUGCGUUUUCGAACGCGACGGCCGAGGCGUUUGGAGUGGAUGAGGACCACGUGCGCGAUGUGUCGGCGAGGUACGUUGCUGGUAACUUGCACUUUGACUUCGAGCUGAGGCGCCCUGCGGCGCUGACGGAGGCUGAUGUAAAUGCGCGGUUGAAGGAGUGUGCGUAUGCGGCCGUGUGGGCGCUGUAUGAGCCGCGGCCCCUGGAGGAGGAAAAGAAGGUUGUUACGACGCACGAGCUUGGCUUUGAGGGCGAGGACUGGGACUACGUGCUGGAGCGGCGGCGCACGGAGGUGAAGGACGUGCUGGCCGUCGAGACGGCGCGGGCGUUGGGGCUCGGGCGUGAGGACGUGCUGGAGGUGGAGGUCGACGCAGUGCCUCGGAGCCUCAUUGCGUUUGUCACGGUCCGUCAUCCAUCACUGCUGAGCGACCGCCAGGUGGAAGAGACGCUGGCGCGCUGCGAGUACAAGAAUUUGUGGGCGCUGUACGAGACGCGGCCAUUGGAGUCGUCAGUGCUGAUGAGGCGGUUUGAGGGCGACGACUGGGACCUCGUGGUUGACAACAACCGCAGGAAGCUUGAGGACGCGUUCAGCAGGGAGACGGCCGCCGCACUGGGCGUGUCGCCGAGCCAGGUUGUGCUUCUGGACUGCAGGGUUGGCAGUCUUCUUAUGGUAUUCAAGGUGCUUGGAUGCGCCAUGAGCGACGCAGAGAUCACGGAACGGACCGAGGCGCACCCGUACGACGAGGUGCAUGCACUGUACAGGCCACGCAUACGCUCCUUUGAAGGCGUCGACGCAGCAGCGCCCCGCGGCUUCAGGGCCGACGCGGAUGAAGUAUGGACGAGGAGCCGCGUGGAGUUUGAGGGCGAGGACUGGGACUACGUGCUGGCGAUGAGGGAGGCGGAUCUGCUGCGAGCGUUUUCGAACGCGACGGCCGAGGCGUUUGGAGUGGAUGAGGACCACGUGCGCGAUGUGUCGGCGAG